AUGAACGAGGUCAUCAAGACGUACCGCGAGCUCUUCAACGGCGACAGCGACAGCGACGACGACUCCGUCGAGGAGGCGCGCGAGGCGCGGCGCCACGCGAAGCAGGCCGGCGUCCCCGCGGGGCGCCUGGGCUUCGUCAUGCCGAAAGGACACGGGCCGGGCGACUACGGCAAGCCGCUCGUCGAGGACCUCGGCGACUACCUGAAGCCGCUCGGCGACGAGGACUACGACACGCUCAAGGACUUCCUGCGGGCCUGGCGCAGUGCGGCCGUGGAGCAGCGCAACUUCGCCGCGUCGAGCCACCGCAUGGCGACGCCGGAGAACGAGGGCUUCGCGGCGUACGGGGCCAUGUCCGCGGAGGAGGCGGAGUUCUUCGAGCAGCCCGACAGCGUCAUCAAGCUCGUCUUCGGCGCCUGGCGCGAGGACACGCUGAAGAUCCGCGCGCGGCGGCUCCGGAAGCGCGAGAAGCACGUCGAGGCGCGCAAGGUCCACCGGAAGCUCGCGCGCGAGAUGCGCGCGGGCAAGCAGCCGGCCCGGGGCGCCUACCACGUCAACAAGGUGCUCGCCGGCGCGUCCGUCAAGGACCUCAAGGCGAGCCGCGUGACGCUCGCGUCCAAGGACGUCAAGGCGCUCUACGACUGGCGCGGCGCGGACGACGAUUUGGACGCGCACCGGGGGCCCACGCUGCCGCGCGUGCGGUCGCGGUCCAUCGCCCCGCUCAAGGCGCGGGACCACGACGUCGACCGCGCGCUCCGCCUCGCGGCGCCGCGCGCGCCGGGCGGCCGCCCGCUGCUCGAGUCGCCGCCGGCGAGCCGCGGCGCCGCGGCGCCCGCGAGCCCCGUGCGCCACACGCAGCAGCGGGCCCACGAGCGCCUCGCGGCGGCGGCGGAGAGGGAGCUCCGGGACGAGGCCGCGGCGGCGGCGGGGGAGGCGGGGGAGGCGCGGAGGCGCGCGAAGCGCCGGUCCCUGUCGGCGCGCGCGCGCGCGUCGGGCCCGGGCGCGUCGCCGACGCGCCUCGCGAAGAUGCCGCCCGCGCCGGCCUUCGACCGCGGCGCCCCGGUCGACCGGCGCGGCGACGAGUACUCGGCGGCCGCGGACAGCGGCUGGUCCGGCGCGGCGGCGUCCGCCGCGCGCGCGAUCCUCGAGGCGCCGGACGCGGCGCCGUCCGACGCGAUCAGCGAGAUCUCCUUCAACAACACGGACGCGGCGUCCGUGCGCACGGCGCAGCCGCCGACGCUGGAGCAGGCGGCGCUGGCGACCUACGCGUCGUCGCGCGUCGCCGUGCCCGCGCCGCCGCCGCGCGCGCGGCCGUUCGCGUGCUACGGGGGCGCGCCGUCGCCGAACGCGCGGCGCCGCAAGCCCCGGCGCUCCGUCGUCGACAACUUCGCCAAGUUCAGCCAGGCCAUCGCGACCAUGGGCAGCGUGGACGAGGACUGGGCCGCGGGCGCCGCGCGCGUCGGGCCCGGCGGCGACGACUCGCGCGACUCGGCCGCGGAGUACGACUCCACGGCCGGCGCCGCGUCGCUCUUCUCGUCGCUCUACUCGGCGGCGACGGCCCCGUCGACGUCGUCCUUCAUCGCCGCCUGCUCGACGAAGGUCGUCGGCGUCGUCACCGCGAAUCUGUUCGGGCCCACCAUGCUCCAGGCCGCGGCGCUCUUCGGCGCCGCGCCGCCGGCGGCCGCGCCGGCCGCGGACCUCGGCGGCGGCGACCCGCCGUCCGUCGUCGCGCCCGUCGAGCCCGGCGGGAAACCCCGCGGCGGCCUCGCGCUCGCGGACCACCUCGUCCUCCUCUAG